AUGAAGCUCAAGCGGUUUCUCCUGCGUUACUUCCCUCCAGGUAUAAUCCUUGAAUAUGAGAAGGGAGGAGAUUUGAGGACUAAAUCAAUCGACCUGCUGGAUUUGACUCCGGAGACAAACCCGGAUGAGCUGGUGGAAGAGAUCCGGCGAUCAGAGGCUCUGAUCACAGAGUCCCGGGCGGAUCAGGUCAAAGAGCUGAUCCUUCGACUGCAGCAGAAACAGAGUCAGCAGGGCCACCACAGGUUCUGCUUCUUCAAGGAACUUAAGGCUCACAUCCUGCCACUGACAAAUGUAGCCUUUGACAAAUCAGGAUCAAGGUUUAUCACUGGGAGCUAUGACAGGACGUGCAGGGUUUGGGACACGGCCUCAGGCACAGAGCUGCUCACACUCCAGGGCCACAGAAACGUGGUGUACGCAAUUGCUUUCAACAACCCCUAUGGAGACAAGAUCGCCACUGGCUCCUUUGAUAAGACCUGCAAACUGUGGUGUUCUGAGACGGGCAAAUGUUUUCACACCUUCCGCGGACACAUGGCUGAGAUAGUGUGCCUGGCAUUCAACCCCCAGAGUACACUGGUGGCCACAGGCAGCAUGGAUGCCACUGCCAAGCUGUGGGACGUGGAGACUGGGGAGGAGGUGGCCACUCUGACUGGUCACACUGCAGAGGUCCUCUCUUUGUGCUUCGACACGGUGGGAAAUCAACUCGUCACCGGCUCCUUUGACCACACAGUCGCCAUAUGGGACGUGUCUUCAGGAAGACGUGUCCACACAUUGAUUGGUCACAGUGGAGAAAUCAGCAAUGUUCAGUUUAACUGGGACUGUUCCCUCAUAGUGACAGGCUCCAUGGACAAAACCUGCAAGUUGUGGGAAGCAGGCAGUGGCAAGUGUGUGGCCACCCUGGUUGGACAUAAAGAAGAGGUGCUGGACGUGUGUUUUGAUUUGAGGGGUCACCUCAUCGCUACUGCCUCUGCUGAUGGUACAGCGCGGGUGUUUAGUGCGACCACACAUCAGUGUCUCGUGACUCUAGAGGGCCAUGACGGAGAGAUCUCCAAGAUCUGGUUCAGCCCGCAGGGAAGCAGGGUCCUAACUGCCAGCUCCGACAAGACAGCUCGUCUGUGGGACGUUCAGUCUGGAGUCUGCCUGCAAGUCCUGGAGGGGCACACCGACGAGAUCUUUUCCUGUGUCUUCAACUACGAGGGCGACACCAUCAUUACAGGCAGUAAGGAUAACACAUGCCGGAUCUGGUACUGA